CUAAUGGGAUUAUUUUCUUUUUCUUGUGUUUUUUCUUUUUGGCGUUCACCGCACCGGAUUUCCUGUUGACUCCUCCCCCUGGAAACACAUACAGUACGCCUUGCCGAAUUGCUCUUGUGCCGCGACAUUGAAUGAGUUCGCGAAAAGGUGGCCGUAAACGGCCAAUACCUUUGACAGAGAAGCAGAAUGGACAGAAGACCAUUAGCAACUUCUUCAGCAAAAAACAGAAAUGCAUUGCCGAUACCCCCACAUCAACAGCCGCUGCGGUCGAUCCAGAUUCACCACUGAUGACUGAAAACGAAAAUGAACAACCACCUAUUACCAGCAGCGGCGUCGAUCCUACAGCUUCUGGAGAUACCGCAACUGGCGAAAAACCGUUUUUCGAGACCUCAAUGUACACGGAUGAAAUGAAUCUACUCCUGGAUACGGUCAUGAAGGACGAACAACAUCUUUUCACAGCAGCUGAAAUCGCGUUAUGUCGCCGAUAUCAGCAGUUAGAAGAUCAAUCGCAGCAUUUACUGGUCCGUCUGCUACUGCGGAAACAACGAUGGAUCCGUGUCGACAAACUCGACUAUACGAGCCAUGUUAAGGAUAUAAAGGCAACGAUUGACGAUUUAUGGCAACAAAAGUUUCUCCUCAAACAAUCGUCUUUACAUGAUAUCGAUGAAAUGCUUGCUUUAUUAUCCCUGGAAGAACUCAAGAAUUUGGCAAAGAAGAAGCGUUUGUUAACAGGCUCUGAGAAACGGCGCAUUGAUUUUGUCCAAUUACUCAAGCAGUAUGCAUCAAAAUCAAUACCUCCAAUCUAUAAUGACAAGAAAGCCGACACAAAUGACAAAGAGGACAAAGACGAUAAGGAAAACAAAAAAACUGUAUCAGGGUCUCUUGCGGUCAUCCUAGAAGUAGCAGGACACUGUAUACGCGUGGAAGAUGAUGUGUAUCUUUUGUUUCGUCGGUUACAGCUUGUGUAUUAUCGGAAGACGGAUCUGUCGGAUACAAAUCCCAUGUCAGCUGCGCUUCUAGCCCGGCUUAGCCGUCGCAAUUAUCCUACCUACGAGUAUACCCGCACAAUCAUCUGGAAAAAACGCGACGAACUAUUAGCAUAUGAAGCUGCUUUGCAGACAAGGCAGGUCUUUGAUCUGAAAUUAGAAUCUUUGCAAAAACGCUCUGCGGCUGAUACAAAUGCCGAAGAGUACGAGCGAAAUAUUCUCACAGAGUGUGCAGCACUUUGCGAAAAUAUUAUCGGCUUAUGGGAAGAACAGGUAGAAGCGUCUAGACAGGAUCUGUUCAGCGAGAAUCCACGUCCAUACUAUUUACGACGAUUUGAAGCAGGGUACAUUUACACGCAUUUAUUGGAACACGGCACCAAAUGUUUAGCCAAAUUACGUGAAUACGAACUGGAAGCGCUGAUCCUAAGAAAACUGAUCGAUCAGAAAGUGUAUCGUCUUGGCAAAAGAGGACACUGGUAUAACCGAUUAGCUCUUGUUCAAAUGACGCAUUUACGCUCAAAAGUGGAUCGCCAACACAAGAAAGAUGCUUUGCAGACGUGUAUUGAAGCUAUUCAGGAUCCUCGCGUGCAUCAGAUUUAUUUGAACGGAUUGUAUCAACGAAUCAAGCGGGUGGAACGCGACCUAAGGAUCCCAAAACGAGAACAACACGACUUUUCAUACGCCUUACUCAAACAAGCAGAAGAGCGUACGAUUUAUGGAGAGAGGUUAUCCGAUUCUGUCACCGGGAAAAAGUCGGUGUGGAGAGAUGAUGAUGGCGCCGAAUGCAGUGUGGAACAGUUGGCUUUGAGCUUCUACAAGAAGCAAGGCUAUCAAGGAUUUCAUUGCGAGGGAGGUGUUGUCUGCAUGCUGUUUGUUAUAUUAUUCUGGGAUAUCAUAUUUGCUUCUAUACCCGGCGUUUUCGAAACGCCUUACCAGACGGCGCCAUUGGAUAUUGCGUCGGAUACCUUUUAUAUCGAUCGUAUUGAUAUGAUCAAUCAGCGACUUCGUGAAAUCGACGAGGGUCGAUACCUGGACAUCAUACGGGAAGUGGAUGAAAGAGAACGUAGUCGGAACACUCUCUGUCUCGGUGUCCGUUGGGAUUACGAGCUGGAGCCAUUGUUGGAAAUAGCAGAGUGUAUUGGUGGAGCUGGGCUUUCGGCUCUAUGUAGAUUAUUAGCCGAAGAAUUUCGCCGCGGAGGGAUGCCUGAUUUAUGUUGCUGGAACAUUGAAAAGAAGGAGUGCAUCUUCUCGGAAGUCAAAGGUCCUGGAGACAAAUUAAGCGAAACUCAGAAACUUUGGAUUGACACCUUAUCGGGGAUGGGCAUACACGUCGAGGUGUGCCAUGUGAAGGAAUGGCAGGGCGAACUUCAGUGGGUCAACACUUUGUAAAGCAGAAAUCCCUCAGAUGAUCUGUUUUAACUUAUUUUAUUCCAUUUUUUGGAGAUUUCCGUUGUUACGAUAAUACAAACAUGUGAUGACAUGAAUUAAAAGAGAACAAAAAAAAAAGAGAGGGAAUAAUGCUGUUUUUAGUUGGCGGAACGGAGAGGGUUCAUGAGCUUUCUUAACUUGGCGGGACCGGUCCAGGUACCGUUCAACAAACCGUUCCAGUAGAUGGAGGGAAUGACUUCCUUGUUCAAGAAUUGAGCUGCCUGACUAAUUUGACGUUGAUCAACGGGGAAAGUUUCGAGAGGCGAACCGGUGUAACCCGAGAACUCCGCCAGAAUCAAUUGGUCACGGCCUACAA